GGGGCGGACCCUCCCAGUGACGCGCCCUCCUCCUGCCCUUCAGCGCCGCCACAUGGACCCAGCCAGCCGGAGCCCGCGCCGCCGCUGACUCGCCAGGAGCAGGGACUCCAUCUCCGCGCAUGUGAGGUCUGACCCAGUGGUCACCGAGGAACCAAGCCAUCAGCAUGGAGUUUGUGAUGAAACAGGCCCUGGGAGGAGCCACCAAGGACAUGGGGAAGAUGCUGGGGGCUGAUGAGGAGAAGGACCCCGAUGCUGCCAAGAAGGAGGAGGAGCGCCAGGAAGCACUGCGGCAGGCGGAGGAGGAGCGCAAGGCCAAGUACGCCAAGAUGGAGGCUGAGCGUGAGGCCAUGCGGCAGGGCAUCCGCGACAAGUACGGCAUCAAGAAGAGGGAGGAGCGCGAAGCCGAGGCCCAGGCGGCCAUGGAGGCCAGCUCGGAGGGCAGCCUGACACGGCCCAAAAAGGCCGUCCCGCCGGGCUGCGGCGAGGAGCCAGAAGGGGCGGACGAGAGCAUCCUGGACACGGUCAUCAGGUACCUGCCCGGGCCGCUGCAGGACAUGCUCAAGAAGUGACGGGCUGGACAGCCGGGAGCCGGAGCCCCGCUGCCCUGUAGACCCCUCGGAGGCCCCCAGGGCACAGGAGCAGCUCGGCCCCUCCCCACUAUAAGCCAUAGCCCUAGGCCCACCCCGCCCGGGCCCUCACGCACACCCCUGCCAGCCCUGCCGAGGCCGAGGUGGUCACAGCCCAUCUCAUGCUGGCCACACCCCACUGCGCUCGCUUCCCCCACCCCCAGCAGCCCGAGCUCACCCCAGGGCCAGCCCCUCGCCCACCCUGGGCUUGGCCCAUGCAUCACGGGCACCCACGGGGCUCAAACUCAGGAGCACAGCCAUAGUCGGGGGUGGGUGUCUGGACCGGGGCAGCAGGGGCGCCUGACCCACCACACGGGACCUGGGUUGCUGGGCCUGAGGGACCCUCUUCUGUCUUCCUGUCGGCGCUGACCACACGACCCCACCCAGGCCUCGCUCUCUGUGUCCAAGGGUCUCUUCCUGUCCCUCCCUCCCUGCUCUGCAAGGCACCUGAGCCUCUUAGGAAUGCCACGGCCUGUUCCCAUCUCAACCAGGGGAAACAAAGAAACAGGUCUGGGCUUCUCAGACAGGCCUGCAGGGCACACUCAGAUCUGCCUCUCCCUGGUGCCUGCUGGUUCCCUGAGGGGCUCCGGCCCUCAUCCAGGGACACCCACACCCCAGCGCCUGGGAGGCCUGAGAAAACCAGGGGAGACAGAGGCGGGAAAGAGACCUCAACUGUCCCUGCCCUCCCUCCACAGUGCUGUGCACUGUUCUUGGCAGGCGGAUGUGAGCCCCAGGGUAGGGGCUGAGGGGCUUCCUGCACCCAAACCAACAGCCCCCUGAGAGACUUGGCAGCAAGACCCCAGUGCCCUGCGACCUGCCCUCCUGUGCCCCUUUGCCUCCACCCCUGUUUAAUUUGCAUCACAAUAUGUUGAAUCUCAGGUAAAUGAGGUCUUCGGUAUUUGAUGAGUUUUAUCUUGACCAGGAACCCUGUUGGCUUGGCCUGGGCCCUGGCGCUCCCUGCCCACAUCAAAACUGCAUUCAGUGUCCACAGGUGGGGGCCAGGGCUGUGCGUGACACUGACCUUCAUGACCUUACAUAGCUCUUAGAGAAGCCAUAUCAAUUAGACUGCAGUACUAACCACAAACACCCUCGUCCAGAGGCGAAGCACGCCGCCAGUGCCAGUGCCCUGCUCGUCCAGUCCUCUGCUCCUCCUGGGUCCAUGUCUGUUUAAAAUGCUUGUUUCCACGUGUUGAAAAGCCAGCUCCAAGCAGCCUGGGUGUUCUCUCGUGUCAACCCCCGUAUCCCAUGGCCAGUGCAUGGGUGCCCAGGGCCGCUGAGCUUGGCGAGACCAUGGGUGUCACUGCGUCUGUCCUUGCACCUGCACCUCCUCCUGCAUGUCGGAGGCCCUUGUGUGUUCUCUCUGGAUAGAAUCACAGCCAAUAAAUAGUGAUUUCACACCGUG